UCAUAACAAUUGAUUUUAGACAACACACUCACCUCUUCUCUCUCUAGAGAGAGAUAAGCUAUACAUUUCAAUUUUUUUUAUCAUCUGGGUAUCUCCAAUGGCGGCUUGGGUCUUAUCAGAAUGUGGUGUAAGACCAAUUCCAACAUUCUUCCCCAAGCCACGAACCGGAGUAUCCAGUUCUUUCUUUAAUACCAAUUCCGAUUCCAUUGGCGUUACACUAUUCAACACCACUAAGUCAAUCACAAUCUCGUCCUCAUUUUCAAGAAUGUGUAAAGACAAGAAUUGGGCAUUGAAGGUGAGUGCACCAGUUACAAUUCCGUUUUUAGAUGAAGACGAAAGAGAAAUAGCCACUGAGUUCGAUCCUAGUGCACCACCACCGUUCACAUUGGCCGAUAUUAGAGCCUCCAUUCCCAAGCAUUGUUGGGUGAAGGAUCCAUGGAGGUCAAUGAGUUAUGUCUUACGAGAUGUGGCGGUGGUUUUUGGGUUGGCGGCGGUGGCGGCGUAUUUCAAUAAUAUCGUCGUUUGGCCACUUUAUUGGAUUGCUCAGUCCACAAUGUUCUGGGCCCUGUUUGUUCUUGGCCAUGAUUGCGGCCAUGGAAGCUUCUCCAAUAAUGCAAAACUUAAUAGUGUAGUUGGUCAUCUUCUUCAUUCUUCCAUUCUUGUACCCUACCAUGGAUGGAGAAUUAGCCAUAGAACUCAUCACCAGAACCAUGGACACGUCGAAAACGAUGAAUCUUGGCACCCAUUAUCGGAGAUGAUCUACAGAAGUUUGAAUGAUGCUACAAGAAAAUUGAGGUUCACUUUGCCAUUCCCGAUGCUGGCAUACCCUUUCUAUCUGUGGAGUCGAAGCCCAGGAAAAAAGGGCUCACAUUUCGACCCCAACAGCGAUUUGUUUCUCCCAAAUGAAAAGAAAGACAUCAUCACCUCGACAGUGUGCUGGACAGCCAUGGCUGCUCUGCUUGUGGGUUUGUCCUUCACGAUGGGCCCUCUACAACUACUUAAACUCUACGGCAUCCCUUAUUGGGGUUUUGUGAUGUGGCUGGAUCUAGUAACUUACUUGCAUCACCAUGGCCAUGAAGAUAAACUCCCAUGGUACCGUGGAAAGGAAUGGAGUUAUCUGAGAGGAGGAUUAACAACGCUUGAUCGUGACUAUGGAUGGAUCAAUAACAUUCACCAUGAUAUCGGAACCCAUGUGAUACACCAUCUCUUCCCUCAAAUCCCUCACUACAAUCUAAUAGAAGCGACUGAAGCUGCGAAGCCAGUUUUUGGGAAAUAUUAUCGGGAGCCAAAGAAAUCUUGGCCUCUUCCAUUUCACUUGUUGGGAGUUCUUGUAAGUAGUUUGAAGAAGGAUCACUAUGUGAGUGACGAAGGGGAGAUUGUAUACUACCAAACGGAUGCCAAAAUCAGUGGAAAUUAGUGAUUAAUUCUGUCAAGAUUUAACAAGAGAAAGGGAUGCUACAAGACCUAAUGAUUCUUUGUUUGACAAGAAUUUAUUCAUGAGUUUGUAUUACACAUUCUCACACGAUUCUAAAACUUGUAUUUUUUUUUUCUUAUCAUGAAAAUAAUGUAAACGAAUAUAGAUUUGAAGAUGAUAAGAUUUUAGUAGGCUAAAACUUUGUUCUUUGUGGGAAUCUUGGAAUUUG